UCGUGGUAGAAUCUCCGCGUCUUCUGAGCAAACGAGUGAGUGCAGAAACAAACCCUAGAACCAGAAUCAAACACCAAUUGAACAUUGAUAAUUGGUCCACCACUCUGGCAUUGAGUUAAUUAAUAACCGUAAUCAAUGGGUGCGAGUCGAAAGCUUCAGGGAGAGAUAGAUCGUGUUCUGAAGAAAGUGCAGGAAGGUGUUGAAGUAUUCGAUAGCAUCUGGAACAAGGUAUACGACACGGACAAUGCUAACCAGAAGGAGAAAUUCGAAGCAGACCUCAAGAAGGAGAUUAAGAAGCUCCAAAGAUAUAGAGAUCAAAUUAAGACUUGGAUUCAGUCCAGUGAGAUCAAGGACAAGAAGGUUAGUGCCUCAUAUGAGCAGGCUCUGGUGGAUGCACGCAAGCUAAUUGAGCGAGAAAUGGAAAGAUUUAAGAUAUGUGAAAAGGAAACAAAGACCAAAGCAUUCUCCAAAGAAGGCUUAGGUCAACAGCCAAAGACUGAUCCAAAAGAGAAGGCUAAAUCCGAGACAAGGGAUUGGUUAAAUAAUGUGGUUGGAGAGUUAGAAUCCCAGAUAGAUAACUUUGAAGCAGAGCUUGAAGGGCUUUCUGUUAAGAAAGGAAAAAGCAGGCCGCCCAGAUUGACGCAUCUGGAGACAUCAAUUACUCGGCACAAGGCACAUAUAAAAAAAUGUGAAUUCAUUUUGAGGCUACUAGAUAAUGAUGAAUUGAGUCCUGAGCAGGUUAAUGAUGUUAAAGAUUUCUUGGAUGACUAUGUCGAGCGUAAUCAGGAGGAUUUUGAUGAAUUCAGUGAUGUUGAUGAACUAUACAGUUCAUUACCUUUAGACAAGGUGGAUACUCUAGAAGAUCUUGUCACAAUUCCCGCUGCUCUUUCUAAGGUGGCACCUGGUCUUAGCUUGAAGAGUUCUCCGGCACCAUCAGCAUCCGCAUCAGCAUCUGCAUCACAAUCAUCUGAAACUAUGAUUUCUAAUUAUCAGGAUACUUAUGUUCAAGAGCAAGCUGACGACACAGCAUCCCUGGAUAGUAAUUCUGACAUUGCUGCAAAGACUCCACCUUCUAAAAGUGUUGGAAUUAGUUCUGCUCCUUCAACACCUGCUGGCAACCAUGCUACUCCUGUUUCCGUGAAUGUUUCUGGUCCUAAUGUGCCCAGCGUACCUGCUGUUGCAGUUCUACCUGGGUCAAAUUCUCUGCGGAAUGUCGAAAAUACUAAUGUUACCAAUUCAUCUUCUGUAAAUCCGUCUACCUCUACAAAGGAUGAAGAGAUUAAUAGCUUCCCUAGCCGGAGACCAUCUCCAUCACUUUCUGAUGCAACACUUGUGAGGGGCAGAAACGGCCUGUCAAAUCAAGCAACAGCUAGCAUUCCUCUUGGUUCUGGAAACAUGGUUUCCACCAAUGGGGGCCUUGGUUCAGUCCCUUUAGUCUCCGAAAUAACCAAAAGGAACAUGUUGGGAGCUGAUGAUAGACUUGGAAGUAGUGGGAUGGUGCAGCCUCUUGUAUCCCCGCUAAGUAAUAGAUUGAUCUUGCCUCAAGCUGUGAAGGCUAAUGAUGGAACUGUUUCAGUUGACUCUAGUACUGUUAAUGAAGCUGCAGCUGUAUCUGGGAGAGUUUUCUCCCCUUCUGUGGUUCCUGGCAUGCAAUGGAGACCUGGAAGUCCCUUUCAGAAUCAGAAUGAUGCAGGCCAGCUUCGUGGAAGAACUGAAAUAGCUCCUGAUCAAAGGGAAAAAUUUCUGCAGAAGUAUCAGCAAGUGCAACAAGGGCACAGCACCCUUCUUAAUAUGCCUUCUCUUGUUGGGGGAAAUCAUAAGCAGUUUUCUUCCCAGCAGCAAAAUCCCCUUUUACAGCAGUUUAACUCUCAAGGCUCAUCUGUUUCUUCUCAAUCUGGUAUUGGACUUGGUGUCCAGUCCACAAAUCUCAGUGGUAUUUCUUCUGCCUCGCUACAGCAGCCCAAUUCUGUCCAUUCCUCAUCUAGUCAGCAGCCAUUGAUGCCAGGUGUUCCUAAGGAUGCAGAUGUUGGCAAUUCUAAGAUUGAAGAGCAGCAGCAACAUCAGAAUUUUCCUGAUGAGUCAACAACCGAAUCUACUGCUAGCACUGGGACUGUAAAGAAUCUCAUAAAUGAAGAUGAUUCAAAAUCAACAUAUGCUGUAGAUUUUCCCGCAGGAGUAUCUGCCUCUCUUCCAGAAUCUGCUCAAACUUCCAGGGAUAUUGAUUUGUCUCCUGGUCAACCCUUGCAAUCCAAUCAAGCUACUGGUAACCUUGGUGUCAUUGGAAGAAGAAAUGGUCCUGAACUUGGGGCGAUUGGUGAUAAUUUUAGUGGAUCAAGUGUUUCUUCUGGUGGAGUGCGUGAUCAAUUUUUUAAUUUGCAAAUGCUUGAGGCAGCCCACUUCAAAAUUCCACAAUCUAAAGACUCUGAACGUCCCAGGACUUAUACCCCUAGGCAUCCAGCAAUUACACCUCCUAGCUAUCCCCAAGUACAGGCACCAAUUGUUAAUAAUCCUGCCUUUUGGGAGAGAUUAGGUCUUGAACCAUUUGGCACCGAUACUAUGUUCUUUGCAUUUUAUUAUCAACAGAAUACAUACCAACAGUAUUUGGCUGCAAAGGAGCUAAAAAAGCAGUCUUGGAGAUACCACCGAAAGUAUAACACAUGGUUUCAGCGGCACGAAGAGCCCAAAGUUGCUACAGAUGAAUAUGAGCAGGGAACAUAUGUGUACUUUGAUUUUCAUAUUGCAAACGAUGACAUGCAACAUGGAUGGUGUCAAAGAAUCAAGACUGAAUUCACUUUUGAGUAUAAUUAUCUUGAAGAUGAAGUUCUUUCAUAGAAGGUGCCAUAUGGUAUUGCGAAAUGUGUUUGGGAAUUGUUGACAGGAAAGUUAUUUAUUCAAUGCACAUUGUGACUAGCAGGUUAUUAGGCUGCCGUUCUUAGCCAGGGCAGUGUGUCUUAGUAUUUUAUUUUUGGUGGUAGUUGUCCUAGGUUGAUAAUUGCAUGUAGGAUUCUGUUUGCAAGGAAUAAAACAUGUUUUUCCUUUUAAUCUUGUUUCUAUUUGAGCUCUGAUUGCCCCAUUCAGCUCGUUUAAUGACAAUGAAAGGUAAGAAAGUAAGAUGAAAGGAAUGAUAUCUGCGUUGUGUAUAAACAAGAUUUCUCUUUAUUUAUUGUUGGGUCCCCAUAUUCCUAGAUGAUACUUUUCAUCUGCAGCCUUGCUAGUCGCAUGGAGUCUUGGUUGGGUUUGAAGGCUUCAUUCCUUAUGGAUUAGCAUUAUAUGUAGUUUACAUGGGUUUCUUUACUUCGGUUUAAUUUUGGGUUUACUAAUUUACAUUCCGGAAGAAAGGAUCUGCAGGAGCACACGGAAUGUUCCGAACAUAACCGAAUAGUAUCAAUCUCAAGGACCAUUUCGAGAGUUACAUAAAUUCUAGGGAAUCCAUCUCGUAUUGUGAUUUUCUGUUUUUGUUUCCAUGUUCUGAGACAGUCUUUGGCCACAGAAGACGCGCCUUUUUUCUUAAUGUGCCCCUAAUCAGUGAAAAUACAGUAUUAAAUGAAAAAGGUGGAUGCGUUAAUACCUUAUUAAAUUGAGACAUCUAAUAACACUUACUUGCAAUUGAUAUUUUCAGGUUGAUUUAUGAAACAUGGUCAGAAUUGUCAGAUAUAUUUCAUUCACGUCUUUCUUCAAUUAUAUCAACUUUGAUCUUAUUUUAUUUUUUCUGGAUGUAUAGUACUGUCAAUUUACUAUGAAGUAACAAGAUCAUAUUUUGUAAAUUCUUCCGACCAAGUUGGAAGGUGGUGAUUUAUUGAACCAAUAUCUUGGUGGUU